AGACCAAUUCCCUCGUCCCCAAAGUCACCUCGAUCCGCUGUACCAAGUCCUCCUGGCAGUUUCAACCCAAGCAUCAUCAUCAUCACCAUUAUCAUCACCAUCAUCAGUCCGAGUCAGAAGAGAAUGGCAUUGGCGCUACAUGCCUCUAGCGCUCGCACGAUGGCAGCUGCAAUCGCAGCUAUCCGGCUCACCACCCAUCCACGGCCCCAAGCGGAAUGCGGACGGCACACUGCGAACACACUACUCGGUGCUCGGAUUGCGACCAACAGCGACGCAGGCCGAGAUCAAGCAGCGCUUCUACCAGCUCUCCAAGCAGCUGCAUCCGGACGUGAACAAGGCAGAGGACUCGCACAUGCAGUUUACAGAGCUCAGCGAGGCGUACUCGGUGCUGAGCAGCUACGAAAUGCGCCAAAAGUACGAUCGGAGCUUGCGGCUCGAGCAGGCGACCUGGCGACCUGCCGCCUCCCAGCAGGGAGGGCAACACCGCAAAGGCCAGAACAGCUCGGCUCAUGACGACAGUACAUCCAGCACCAAUCCAUCGAGCAAAGGCCCGGCUCAAGGAUCGCAAAAGUACUCGAGUGAAGACCGCGCGCGGUUCAAGUUCAACUUUGAGGAACACUACCGCCAUCACUAUGGCCAGGAAACGCGCGGCACCACCGGCGAUGCGCAAAAUCAACACUGGGAUCCACACGUCUGGGAGAAUCUCUACCGCGAGACGGCCAAGCAGAACAAGCGCGAUGCGGUCGAGUUUGCCAAGCUGAACAAGUCGCCGCUUCUGCUUGUUGGCGCCAUCACCAUCGGCUGUCUCCUCGCAGCCGAAGCAGCCAGGUCAUGGCUUCGGUAUCAGCGCGACAAGCAAGACAAGGUCGCAAGUUAG